AUGGCCGACGAAUGCGGAUUCGAUGGAGAUCCAGACCUCUACGGCCUUGGCAUCAGGAUCAGUCUCUACAUCCAGCUCCUAACCAUGUGUCUCAUCCCCCUGCUCGGCAUUCCAAAGUACAGCCGUUUCUUCACGAGCACCGGCCUAUGUCUCUUCGCAGCAACGUGGAUCGUUAUAAUCAAGGAGUCCGCCGCGAGGACUACGAAGGGCGUAGAGCUUUAUUUCUUCUCGUGGCUGAAUCUGUCGCAGAUCGUUGUGGUCUCUAUCUUGCCCAUGGCCUCGUUCAACUUUCGACAAAUGGCGAAUCCCAAGAACAUGGCGAAUAUAAAUCUUGCCAUGUCUAUCAUUUUAGCCCUCAUCACUUCCUAUUACACAUGGUUCUUCUGGAAAGGCCUGGAUGUCCUAGAUCGGUCGGGAUGCGAGAAUGAUUAUGCCUUCUUCUUCUCCAAGGCGCCCGUGUAUGGGUGGCUGAGGACACUACAAAAGGUCAUCUGGACCAUAGCUCUGAUAGCAGCUGGAAUUCAGGCGCUGAUGGCGCCGUAUAACUACUUCAUGAUGCGCAAAUUCCGCGAUUUUCCCCAGGCGGAGGAUAUUUUGCAGGAUGCGGAUCCAGACGUGCAAGUCAUGUUUACGGGUUUCGUUAAGCAAGUGAAGUUUCAGUUCUCCGUCAUGCUACUCUUCGGCUCCGUCUUCAUGAUCACCUUCGUCGCCCUCUCGGCCGAACUGCCCAUCAUGUGGAAUAACAUCAGAGAGGUCAACAGUCUCAAACCUGUGGGCCAGCUUGUGCCGUUCAUUGUAGCCAUUGGGCAGUUACUGAACGUCGUUUACCAAACUAUGAAGCGGUUUGCAGGGGGGACGGUUGACGACGAUGAUGAUGACUCAAUGGACGACGACAUUGGCCCGUGUCCGCUGAAGGGUGGCGACGAGGAUCAGCAAGGGGUUGAAAUGACUGAGAAUAUGGCUGCGUUGCGCAAGAGCUCUUCAUCGAGCAUGGAGCGUGUAGCGGUGGCAUUAUGA